AAAAAAAUAAAUUAAAGAAAAAAGAAAACAAGAGAGAGAAGAAGAAGAAGAACAGGAGCGAGAGAGAGAAACCGCAACCGAGCAAGCUCCAUGAGAAGACGAAGGAAGAGUAAGAAAUCUGCUCCUUCUUAACCUCUGUCUCUCUCUCCUCUGCGUGAAUCCCAAGCUUCUGCUUCUCUGUUUUCUUCUUCUUUAUGAGUUCUUGAGUAGGAGCAGAGGAGCUGUGGUGGAGCUGUGGUCGAGGACUGAUUCUCAGUUAUGGGCUGCUGCGGAUCCUCCUUACACAGACGAUUUGGAAGCAAGAGCAGGAGCAACCAUCUCUCCCACGCCCAGAACAAUUUCCCUUCUAAUGGGUCCGACCCUGCUGCCGCCGCCGCUGCCGCCACCGCCGGAGUCCCUUCCUUCUCCGAGUUCUCCCUCGCCGACCUCAGAGCCGCUACCAACAAUUUCAGCUCCGAUUACAUCGUCUCCGAGAGCGGCGAAAAAGCUCCCAAUGUCGUCUACAAGGGCCGCUUACAGAACCAGAACAAUCGCCGCUGGAUCGCCGUCAAGAAGUUCACCAAAUUGGCCUGGCCUGAUCCCAAGCAGUUCGCUGAGGAAGCAUCGGGCGUCGGGAAAUUGAGGCACAAAAGGCUCGCCAAUCUCAUUGGGUAUUGCUGUGAAGGCGACGAGAGGCUUCUUGUUGCGGAGUACAUGCCCAAUGACACCCUCGCCAAACAUCUCUUCCACUGGGAGAACCAAACCAUUGAGUGGGCUAUGAGAUUACGAGUUGCUUUAUAUAUUGCUGAAGCAUUAGACUAUUGUAGCUCUCAGGAACGUCCAUUAUACCAUGACUUGAACGCAUAUAGGGUUCUAUUUGACGAGGGCGGUGACCCUCGACUUUCUUGUUUCGGAUUGAUGAAAAACAGCAGGGAUGGUAAAAGUUACAGCACCAAUCUUGCCUAUACGCCACCUGAAUAUUUGAGAAAUGGGAGAGUGACUGCAGAAAGUGUCAUUUUUAGCUUUGGAACUGUCCUCUUAGAUCUACUAAGUGGGAAGCACAUCCCUCCUAGUCAUGCACUUGAUAUGAUACGAGGCAAAAACAUUCUUCUCUUAAUGGAUUCACAUUUGGAGGGUAACUUUUCAACUGAGGAGGCAACUGUGGUUUUUGAUCUUGCUUCACGAUGCUUACAAUAUGAACCUCGGGAUCGACCAAAUACGCAGGACCUUGUUGCAACCCUUGCCCCUUUGCAGAAUAAACCUGAUGUUCCAUCUUAUGUGAUGCUAGGAAUUCCCAAGCAUGAGGAAGCACCUCCAACUCCACAACAUCCUCUCACACCAAUGGGCGAUGCUUGUGCACGAAUGGAUCUCACUGCUAUCCAUCAAAUUUUGGUGAUGACACACUACAAAGACGAUGAAGGAACAAAUGAGUUGUCUUUCCAAGAAUGGACCCAACAAAUGAGAGACAUGUUGGAAGCAAGGAAGCGAGGGGACUUGGCAUUUCGUGACAGAGAUUUUAAAACAGCAAUUGACUGUUAUUCUCAGUUCAUAGAUGUCGGUACCAUGGUUUCUCCCACUGUUUAUGCAAGGAGAAGUCUGUGUUAUCUUCUCUGCGACCAACCAGACGCUGCUCUUCGAGACGCCAUGCAAGCGCAAUGCGUUUACCCCGAUUGGUCCACAUCAUUUUACAUGCAGGCUGUUGCACUUGCCAAGCUAGACAUGCACAAGGACGCAGCUGACAUGUUGAACGAGGCUGCUGCAUUGGAAGAGAGAAGGCAAAAAGGCAGCGGUCGGGGAUCCUGAGAAUCGACUCCUGUAAGUGCCCUUCCUGCAUUGUUCCUGGUUCGUCGUUUGCUGUUGAUAGUUUUUGAGACGGGAAAAUAAUGUGGAGAGUUGCACUUAAAAGUUGAAAUUUUAUUAAAUGUGAUCAUGAAAUCAAAUUGUAACAUAGAGAGGAAUUUGUGCCAUCUCAAUAAUUGUGUUAUUUUUUUCCGUCCAAAUUGGGAAAUAAUUUCGGGGKUCUUUCUAUUUAUUAUGUGUACAAGCUUUAAUACAACAUAUUUAGAUUUUUGAGUGUGCAUAAUUGUGCCACGGCAAAUAUCAGCGUAUUAUUCAUAGAAUGGAGCCGACAACUUAACCAA